UGAAAAAUUAAAAAGACUAUCAGUUUAAAGUCUGAGUAUGCUAUCUGAUUUUAAUCCCUACUUGUUAAUCGUCCAUGAAAAUCAGUAAGAAUUUGUUCCCUGUGCAGUUUCAAGACGUUUUUCAGAAUGAAGGCACAUUCAACAGCCGUUGCCAUCAGAGAUAUUGAGCUGGAUUUAGACAACGAAUCGGAGAACGGCGCAGAAGACGUCAAUUCGCAAGUGGGUCAGCGGAAUAAGGUGUGGGAGAAGCUGCGAUGCCUGCAGACGGAUCAUGUGUGGAUCCGGGAGGAGCUGAUGCACCUGCAUCGCCGCAUGGUGACACAGUGGCUGGCCGUACAGCGACGCGCUUACCAGAGCAUGGUGCAGAUGGAGCAGCUCCUGUGUCGGCUUCAGGUGAAAUAUGGCCGCGACUGGGGCCAGUAGAAGAGAUACACGGCAGUUGGGGCUCGAAUUCCGGGAGCAGGGCAGCCUCUGGUAUCAACACUUCAAGGCGGGCGGCUAAUGUGUCGAGUGAUUCAAGAGGCUCAAAAUGCAAAAUUACAUGUGUCAGGGGUGACUGGGAGUACUUAAGCCAUUCCAGCUUGUUGUGAGAAGUUAAAUACACGAAAGUUGAUGAA